AUGUCGGCACUCCUCUCGCUGGUAGGCUGGUCCUUCUUACCCGGGCUCGCGUCCGCCUGGCUGCAAACCAUCUACUACGGCGUCACCAUCCGCGCCGGCGACCGCAAGCCGCAGCCCGGGUCGCCGCGCCACGCCGAGCACCGCCGCCGCAUCCGCAUCCUCGUCGUGGCCGCCUACCUCCUCUACACCAUCUACGAGGCCGACCACGACCUGCGCCGCCAGCCCUCGUACUACCAGGAGCUGGGGGUGCCCGCCGCCGCCGCGGACCGCGAGAUCCGCUCCCGCUUCCGCCGGCUCGCCGCCCUGCACCACCCCGACAAGGCCGGCAGCGAGGCCGAGGCCUACUUCAUCCACCUCAAGCUGGCCAGCGACACGCUGCAGGACGCCGCGCGCCGCUUCGCCUACGACCGCUUCGGCGACGCCGUCGUCUCGUGGGAAAGGUGCGCCACCGUCCGCGACUACGUCGCCCGCGGCGUCGUCCACACCGUCCUGCCGCACUACGCCGUCGCCGCGGCCACCGUCUACGUCCUCGGCCUGUUUGGCUACAUGGACUUUGGCAAGUUCUACCGCUGGCUCAUCCUGCUGGCGCUGGGGCUGUUCGAGGUGCACGCCGCCACGCGGGCCGGGUUCCCGCCCCUGCUGAGAGCCGCCAACGCCGUCGUGACGACGCUGACCGGCCGCCCGCCGUACCUGCCCUUCCAGCUCGUCGGGCUGCUGAGGAAGAUCACCCUGACGGCGUACAUUGCCCUGUCGCAGAUCGGGCCGCUGCUGGUGCGGAACCCGAGCCCCAGGAAGGCCGCCGCGGCCGGGGAGGACGACAAGGCCCUCCGGGAAAGCUUGGCGCGGCUCGAGGCCCUCUCGAGGCAGCUUGAUGCCGAUGCCGGCCGCCUGAUGGACAUGGAGGUCGCUCCUUUCAAGGGCGACGCUUCCGCCGUGAACAACCUGCGGGGAAAGAUGCGGGAGUGGCUGGUUCAGAACACCAUCAGGGCGGAUCCCAUGGUCCGGGAUGCCAUGGGCACGUCCUUUAAGAAGCGAAGAAUCAACGCCCCGGCUGGCGCGAGGGGGAACCGCUAG